AUGGCGGAACCACACUCCCACGAAGGAUCCGACACCUCUAACAGUGGAGCAGCGAUCGCUUCCCCGCGAUCCAGCACCGAGUCCCGCUCGUCCUCCUCAAGAAAUACACUCCGCGUUUCACAGAUGUCCACAAACCACCAGCACAGACAAAGCUUGAGCGAGACACUCCGUGGUCCGCCCGGAUCCCCACGUGCCCGCCGACAGCCCUCCCUCCCACAGUCCGCCAUCCAGAGCCUGAUUGACAAUCCCCCGCCACCGAAAAGCACCGACCCGGCUUUUGUUGGGAGGGAUUGGCGAGAGAUCUCAAUUGGCGAGUUGGUCAAGCCAGAUGAAUUGAGAUUCGUGGAGCUAGAUACUGGCAUUGAGGAUGCGACCAACAUCUUGAUCGACUCCGGUGCACCGGUGCUGUUGAUCCGCGAGUCUCCAGAAGAUACUUCUGCUGUCGCGACGUUCGAUUACGCCGACUUGAACUCCUAUCUCCUGCUUGCGGCGGGCUUGACAUCUCCCGAUGAAGAACACCAGGCAUCGUAUGAAGAGCUGGCGAAGAAGGCACACGACGGGGUGCCCAUUCCGCUGCGCGAUGUCAAGAAAUUUGGCAUGGAGAAAGAACCCCUGAUUAAUUUGCCUGCCUCGGCCAGUGUCUUGACUGCUGUCGAGAUAUUCGGUGGGGGUGUUCACCGCGUUGUGGUUGUGAAUGAGAAAAAUGAUCGGGAGGUAGUUGGAAUCUUCAGUCAGUUCCGGUUGGUGAAGUUCCUUUGGGAGAAUGGCCGCAGCUUUCCUACUAUUGAAGAGCUCUAUCCGCAAGCCAUAGGUGAUUUGCGGCUUGGAUCUCAUAAUGUGAUUUCUAUCAAUGGCGACAAACCUCUGUCUGAUGCUCUCCAUCUGAUGAACAACGAGGGUGUGUCUUCAAUCGUUGUUGUCGAUUAUCACUUAAAUGUGAUUGGCAACAUUUCCACAGCUGAUGUCAAGCUUUUAACUCGCUCUUCCUCAUUACCUCUUCUACAAAACACCUGUACCCACUUUAUCUCUGUUAUUCUGUCUACACGAGGCUUGAUGGAGGGCAAAGACUCGUUCCCUGUGUUCCACGUCAACCCAGGAUCAACACUGGCACAUACAGUCGCGAAAUUAGUGGCGACUAAAUCGCACAGACUUUGGGUGACUGAUCCUUUAUCACCAGCUUCAUCAGGGCCGCCAACCCCAUCGCAUUCCUCAGUACACAUCCCUCUCUCUGCCAGCAUUAACUAUCCAUAUGCUGGAACGGGCUCUGGAAUACAAACUGGAACUUCCCCGCCAGCGUCUCCUCUCCCGGCCCCUAUAGUACAGCCCUCUCACUACACCUCUCCUCACAUCCCAACUCCUGCACCCAACUCAGCUUCAAACACAGGCUCUCAUUCCUUAUCAGGCGUGCCAGUGCCGCCGCCACUUUCACAUUCAAUCCCUUCCUCGGCGCUUGACGGAGCACGACUGUCUGGGCGUCUCGUCGGAGUGGUCAGCUUGACUGACAUCCUCAACUUGCAUGCCCGAGCCAGCGGGCUCAACCCCAUCGACCCCGCCGAAUCCCGUAUCCGCCGCCGACGUAGUAGCUCGUCGAGUCAGAGUAUUCAGCGCAGCGGUGAUAUUGGCAGGGAACUGUUCAGCAGAGGCAUGUAA